GCCAGCGGUCCGCAAGCCAAGACACAUCCAGAGCAGACCACGGCGAGGGAGAGGACGCUGUGAUAAGAGGGGCUAAAAUCAAGAAGGGUGGUAAGAGCACCGGACAGGGUUCACACCAAAAAAAAAAAAAACCUUUAGCGGAGAGAGGAGAGCGGAUUGGCUUGCCCCGCGCAAGGAGAACUAACACCCGUAGCUAAUUUCCAACAUUUUCUAUUAUUGGCAGCGAGUGUGCUCACCGAGCCACAUUUAUAAAGAGAGCUAGCGGAAUGUGUUGCUAGCGAGCUAGCUAUCGUUAGCUAGCUAAUUAGCUUGUCAGGUAUCCAAUAUCUGGACUUGUGUUCUUUAUUGAAAUAGGCUACGCUUUAACGUCGUUUAUUUUUAUUCGUUUUUUCGGAAAAAGCCAUACUUCAUGUGCUUUGUGCAAAAGCCUCUCACGGCCAUAAUGCUCUGUGUUGAAUAGCUAACGCUAAGUUAGACAAUAAACAUUACAGGCUCUCAGCAUUGAUGAAUUGCUAAAGAUCAGUUGAGCAUUAGUAGCCGUCUGCGCGGACUGGGAAAAGCCAAAUCCAUUGUUAAUCUCGACCUGUGGACGAUUCAAAGGGGAAAAGGCAAAGGUGGAAACAGAGACUUUCGAGUGGUGACUGUCUGCCGUCCAAUGUUAAUGUCGACCGACGUUGCAUCCAUAAUGCUACCCGUUACUCGGGGAAUAAUGGACCGGGAAAGAGACAUUGAAACAGCUGCCGGACCCCAUGCCAACGCGACCGGGGGUCCGGCGGCUGUCCGGGGGAUGAAACGAGGAGACCCGGAGCCCGACGCUCAGACAGCCGCUGCUCUGACCGACUUAGCCGGGGCGGAGUGCAAACGACCAAGGAUAGACGGGACCGGGGCUGUUGUCGGUGACAUUGGACAGAACAAUGAGCCUUUAAACCCCGGUUUCCAUGGAUACCCACCUCACAGUCAGGGCUCUCAAGAUUCGACAGGAGGACAGGAGGGUUUGGUUGCCCCGCCCUUCACAGCGUUCCCUCCGCCGCCCCCUCCUCAAAAUGGGUUGUCAGGGACAGAGUUUGGCCCCGGGGCAAUCUUUGGUGCUGGGGGCCAAGGUGCAGCAGAGGUAGGGGCUGGCACUAAUGGAUCCACCUCCACUACCACCACCACGAACAACAACGGAAAGACAGAGGACGCAUCCCAGGGUGAGGCGGGCGGACAGUGCGGGACAGGGGGCACAGGGGCAGGAGGAGGAGGGUCUGGGGGAGACUCCACAGAGGCCAAAGGAACCCCCAAACGCCUUCAUGUGUCCAACAUCCCCUUCCGCUUCCGGGACCCUGAUCUCAGGCAGAUGUUUGGGCAAUUUGGGAAGAUCCUAGAUGUAGAGAUCAUAUUCAAUGAAAGGGGUUCCAAGGGCUUUGGCUUUGUGACAUUUGAGACCAGCGCAGAUGCAGAGAAAGCCAGGGAACGGCUCCACGGUACAUUGGUGGAAGGUCGUAAGAUUGAGGUGAAUAACGCUACUGCCAGGGUGAUGACUAACAAGAAAAUGGUCAGCCCCUACCCUAACGGAGAGGCCCUCAGCACACUGCCUUAUGCGGGGUGGAAGUUGAGCCCUAUGGUGGGGGCCAUGUACGGACCAGAGCUCUAUGCAGUGCCAGGGUUUCCUUACCCUUCGGCAGCAGCAGCAGCCACCACAGCAGCAGCGGCGUUUCGCGGCGCCCACCUCAGGGGACGAGGUCGGCCCGUCUACAGCGCUGUGCGGGCCGCCGUGCCUCAGCCGGCCAUCCCCGCCUACCCCGGACUAGUGUUUCAGGACUCAGUCCUUAGUCCCAGAUUGCCUCAGGGAGGCUACCCUGCUGCUGCCGCUGCCGCCGCCGCCUAUCGCUAUGCCCAGCCUGCGGCCGUAACCGGAGCAACCGCUGCAGCUGCCGCGUACAGUGACAGUUACGGCCGGGUGUACACCACAGAUCCCUACCACGCUUUAGCCCCAGCCGCCGCUGCUUACGGAGUGGGAGCCAUGGCUAGUUUAUACCGGGCGGGAUACAGUAGGUUUGCUCCUUACUAAAACCACAAAUCACACCCCAGGAAUUCCACAUCGCUCCAAACCCUUUUUCAAGCUCUUUGUUUGGCAGGAGCUCCCUUCCAUUUUUCUGCGGGCGGACGAUAGUGACAACUCAUGUAUUUUCUUUCUUUUUUUUUUUUUUUCUUUCUUUCUUCCUCUGGCGAGGUCAUUGCCACAUCAUCAGCUCAGAGUCGAAGUUUUUGUACUGUUCUGUCUGUCAGCGACAUGGAUACAAUGAAAAACUGCCCACAUAUAAAGCUGGAGGAUGGGCACAAUUUAGGACGGUUACAUUUCAAAACACUAUCGGAUAUGGAUGGAGAGAGACUGCUGUUCACCUACGUGAUCCUGCACACUACAAACCUUUCUUCCUAAAAAGUCUGUGCAGUUACACCCACUGCCCUGUGUUACCUAAUCAGAACUGUAUUGCACAGUUACAUUCAGCUCCCGUUUUCUCUGCAUCUUCCCUCAUACUGUUGGCCUGUACAGACUGAUAGAAUUGCCACGACACCAUGUUACUAGCCUGAAUAAUAAGGUACUUUAAUUUCGUCUGUACACACUACAUUGAAAAGCUGCCCCGUCUACCGCAGAGACCUCUCUGUGGUUCAGUAUCAUGGCAUAAUAAUGACGAGAAAGCGAGUCGAGCUUGGGGCUGCUUAACAUGGAAGAGAUGGAGGAAUGAUUUUUUUUUUUUCUCUUUCUCCUUGGAACGUUGGAGUACCGAACAUUGAGCCGGCGCUUGGGGAACAUGCCUGACUGACAGAAACCACUGUUGCCCUGGUAACAACAGACCAUCAACAACCUGGCAUGGGGAAAUCUUUUUUUUUUUUUUUUUUUGUCCUUUUCCAACAUCUCACAACUUUCCCAAGUGUAAAAGGAAAAACAAAAAGAAAACAAAAACUAUUGUUGGGAAAAAAAUAUAUAUACAAAAAGUGUGAAAAUGACAAGGAAAAAAAGAAACAAGUGACUUGUUUUUCUGCAUUACCUCAGUUUUUUUCUAUUUUAUUUUGCUGCCAUUGAAAAGAAUUUGCUUAGAAAUGUCAUUAUUAUAUAUAAUGUGGGCACAAUGAAAUUGUCCAUGAUUAUCAGUGAUAUAGUCAUUAUUUUCACAUUGUCCUCUUAUUGCUGGUCUAAGUAUUACAUUUAUUACUGUUAUUGUAACUGCAUUGACAACACUAAGACAGAGUGUUGGGUGUGUCUGGAUGCAUUUCAGCUACGAAUUGACUUUCUAUCUCCCUCUUUAGAAUGCAGCGCGCCUCACCUCACCUCACAGGCUGAUCCUCGAGGUCAGCUCAUGCUCCUUAUCUACGCGUAGCGCUUUUUCAAAGUACCUUUCCUUCUAUCCACUAGACUGUCAAGACAUUCCAACUGUAGCAGCGAGGCAGUGAUCGAACAGGUCAGAUGGACAAGGAAUAAGAAUGCGUGAGUGAACUAGAUUUAGCAAGCCCAAAUUUGAACCGGGAACACCCACAUGGGAAACUAAUCAUCCACCAGUCAGCCAAAUGGGAAUCCCUCCUGGCCAAUUGAGAUAUUUAUGCCUACAGACUUCGAGCAGAGCUGUUCUGCUCUGUUCUUCGGCUCUGUGCGUGGAAAUGGUGUCUGAUCUCAACUCAGCAGAACAACAGAUCCCAGUAGAGCAACCUGGAUUAGAAAACAAAUGAGUCCAAUAAAACCAGGAGGCUGCAUCCAUAUAUCGCUGUCAAGUAAUGAGAAUUUGUUAGAAGAUUCUUAGUCCAAAUGAACACAACUUUCUGUUCAUGUUCAUUAUAUUCAGUGCGAGCAGUACACUAAAUUCCCUGCACUAUCGCUGGACGCUGUUGUCCACAUUAUGUUGCAGCCCCUCCUGAUUCUUCCAGGCAGUCCAAAUUGUUUCAAAGUCCUUCUUGAAGGUGUGGUAACAGGACUGGCAAGCAAACCAUGUAUAGACCAACCAAGUCUCUGUCCUAUGUAUUAUAUCUCCAUAUACUCUCACUAUGUUAUUAUUACUAUUGUUUGUCUUUUUGGUUCCAAAGAUUCUCUGAAGAAAGCACAUUUUUGGUCAAGACUUGUUACUUUGUUAUCUCUUCAUGCUUGAUUUUUUUGCCUUUACUUAAGUUCUUUUUUUUACUUGUGGGUUAAAGCUGUAUUUUUCUAGUUCGCCUCAGCAAGCUGGGAAAUGUCAUUGAAGAAUGAUCUAAAGAGGACUGAGAAGACUUUUUAAGUAUGUAGCAGCAAACUAAACAAAUUGGGAGUCCCGAACUGGAAACAAUUUUGAUCUUCUGAAGCCUGCAAAACAGAUUUAUGGCCUUUUUUUUUUUUCCUCAUUUAACAAAUGAACACGAUGGAAGUGCCGAGGUGUUUGCUGCAGACGAGGGAAAUCUAAGUGGAUGGACAGAAGCAGAAUGCAGGAGCGUGUACUGCAUAGAACCAUGAGGGAUGUGGAGCGGAGAGUCGGAGGUACACACAGAGGAUCUGCCAAUAGGGCCAAAUCAGAGCUUGAAUAUAUCAAAGGCAAAGCAAAUUCAGAAAACCUCCACACAAUGUCAAAAGGGCCCUGCAACCCAGCGGUGGCCACCUUUUUAACAAUGGAGCAGUGUGUGGGUGGUUAGUCAAGGGACGUUGUUGCGCUGGUGGUGAAGGUGAGAAGCUGAGCCAUUAAUCAUUAGCUGACAGGAUAACAACGCUCCCCACCGUUUUAUUCUGUUUUUUUUUUUUUUUUUUUUUUUUUUCAGGGGUACAGUACACUCAGCAGGCAGCAGAGCCCAGGCAGGGUGGGGCAUACAGUAAAGAAGUAAAGCUCUUAUGUAUGCACAUGAUGCAGUUUGCAGUAGGUAUUCCAAUGAGUAUUUAUGACGCGAUCAUGGGGGAAUCAUCACCUUUUUUAUAUUGUCCUUUUCCUUUUCCUUACAAGUGUUACCAGAAGUGUCGCUAUGCAUGCUUUUGUGAGAAAGGCAGGGUGUCAUUGAGACCUUUUGUUUCUGCAUGAAUUCAAAUCAUAGUGCUGGAGAAGGACGACAGGGCGUUUGAGGAGAAGGGGCAGGAGGGAAAAAGAAUUUGGCUGAGGAGUUCAUGUGAUGUGAGGUGACAGGAGUGACAGGGAGCUCAGUAAUGGUCUAGCAGAGAGUGUCUGGGGUGGUGGAGGGGCGAGGGGGCGCAGGGGGAGCAAGUGGCCCGCAGUUGCUUUAUGUAAAAGCCACAGCCUAUUCAGUUCGCUUUAAUAAUCUGGGUUAUCUCUCCUCUGUGCCUCUGUGGUCGUCGUGGUAAUCACCAGUCAUAUCAAAUUCAUAAAGUUUAAUUUGGGAUGUCGGACCCCCUGCGGUUUUCUCUCAUAAUGAAAAUAAAAAUCAAAGUAACUGAUGAUGAUGGCAGCGGCCCACCCGGUGACAGUUUGGCCCUAAGCUUUUCUAUCAAAAAGCUGAGUUGGUCCUAUGCAGGAACGAGGCCUUUGUGGAGUGUAGGUCUGCGCCGUGGGAAGCACAAGACCACUCUGGCAGGAGGAGCCUCCUUCAACGCUGAUGCAGAGUGUUACAAACCUGCCCACGCUGAGGCUCAUUUAGGAACGAUUGCACGCCACUCUUCCUGUUUGCAAAGGCUCGUGUUCAGGUGGCAUAAAUCAUUAUCGAGUAGUGCGUUUUGGGGGCAGGGGUAUAGACGCCUAUGGGUUCCUUUUGUUCGAGCUGUUUUGUGCCCCUGAGGUGAAGCAGUGUUUACCUUGGAAGGAUACAGAAGAGCUGCAGAGGUGAUUUAAAAAUAAAAAAUUAAAAAAAAAGGCUAUCCUCAGCCUGUCCCGAGUACCAGCCCCUCCACUCUGACCCCUGCUCCUUGCACUGUGCUCAAGUCAACCCAGUGGGAGUUUUGGAACAGGGAUUGAAUAAAUGGGUUUCAAUUGCAUGUGGAUUUUUAUUUUGUAUUUCACAUGCACAUCAAUGCUAUAAAAAAGCUCAUUUAUCCAAGUGAUUUUUUUUUGUUUUGUUUCUUUUCAAUAAGUGACUUGUGUAUUUUCUCACCAUGAUUUAUUUUGUCAUCCUCGUGUCUGCCUUCUGUUUAUUCCCUUCAUUGUUAUUAUUGAAUGUAUAUAAUAAAUAAACUGUUUGGUUUUUA